AUGUCGACGGACUUGAUGCCCGAUGAUCCCCUUUUUUCAUACUCCUCCGGACGAUUCCUCUACAAUGAAAAAGCACGCAUGCUUGAGCGACACAUACCAUUCAAUGUUUCCGCACUCGAAAAUGUGGUCGCGAAGCACGUUGGCCAUGGGAACGUAAAGAGCAUUGUCAAACAUAGUGAAGGUGGCUUUAAUCGCGUCCUCCUUGCCACUAUGGAAGACGGCUUUAGGGCCAUCGUCAAAAUCCCAUACUGGAUAUCCGUCCCAAAGACGUAUGCAACCGCCAGCGAAGUCGCAACCCUUACAUUUCUUCGCUCCAAGGGGUUCCCAGUACCUGAAGUCUAUGGUUGGUCUUCUACGACUGAAAAUGCAGUCGGUGUGGAGUACAUCAUCAUGGAGCAUGCAUCAGGGAUUGGUGCGGAUACUCGCUGGUUUGACACGACAAAAUACCAGAAAAAGGAGUUGGUAACAGGGAUCGUUGACAUUGAAAAAAAGCUUAUGGGAAUACCAUUUGCUUCUGUUGGCAGUCUCUAUUUCAAAAAAGAUCUCCCUCCCCAUUCGCAGGGCCAACUAUAUCAGCCAGGCACACCCGACGAGGACCGAGAUGCUGAGACCUACUGUAUCGGGCCCAUUGCCGAUUACAUGUUUUGGUAUGGGAAACGUGCAAAUCUUGACUUGGAUAGGGGACCAUGGAGUGACCCACGGCAAUAUCUUCUUGCAAUUGCCAACAAAGAAAUCAAGUGGACAGAGCAAUUCGGGAAGCCGCUUGAGUGCGGCUUUCCACAUAACACCGUUUUUCCGGGUGUCAACUCCGACCGAGAUUACUUGGUGCUCCUUAAGAAGUACAUCGCAAUUGCUCCUUAUCUUCUUCCGAAAGACCCCCGAGAUAUUUUGAAUCGACCUACUCUUCGCCAUCCUGACCUUACUCCCAGCAAUGUCUUUGUGUGCCCGGACACAUUCAAGGUCACAUGCAUUAUCGACUGGCAACAUACAGUUGUCAUCCCAUUGCUCCUUGCUGCUGGCUAUCCGAGGCUAUUUGAGAACCCUUCCCCCGAGCCCCCAACAGGCUUGGUCCCGCCAAAAUAUCCAGACGGCUAUGAUACCAUGAGUCCUAAUGACAAGGCUCAAGUUGACGAGCUCAUCCGGCGGGAAUCUCUCUUCUAUUUAUACCGAGUUUUCAAUGGAGGACUAAACAAAGUGCAUCUCAAAGCUCUACAGGAUCCCUUGAUUCUAUCACGCCAGCAUCUAGUGGAUUUUGCGGGCCGCCAAUGGUCGGGCAAUCUCAUGACCUUGCGGGGAGCUUUGAUGCGCAUGCGUGACAUAUGGUCCUACGUCCCGGGGAAGGAUGAGAAUUUUGAGUGUCCCAUUGGAUUUUCAGAGCAGGAAAUUGGAGAACAAACUGAGAGAGAGCCAAUGGGGAUCUCAGAGGAAGGCUGGGUCCGGACUGACCAGUACGACUAUGCCACCAAACGGAAUCAGGCCCUCAAAGCAGAGUUUUCAGAAGGUGGCAGUGCAGACGAGCUUGAGAACAUCAAGCGAGGCUGGCCUUUUCAGGAUCAUGAGGAGUUCUUUUAA